UAAACUUACUGGGCCAUUUUAUCUUGAACCUUUGCAUUCUGAGAUUCUAAAAAUAGCAUUCUGGCUGCGCUUGCUACUAUGAUAUAAAAAGAAUACUAUAAUACAUCUAAACACACAAUGUCCGCGGCGGGUCCUGUCCGGAUAUUUGGCGCCAUCAGAAAAAGAUCACCCCUGAUUCACCAGCAGAUACGCCUGAUCAACCAGAGCCAGGUUGAGUUGACCCUGAGUGAUGAUUCGUUGCCAUCCAAGGCGCGAGUGGUAAUUUGCGGAGGAGGUGUCCAAGGAGCAGCUGUUGCCUAUGAACUCGCAAAGUUAGGCCUUGGCAAUGAGACUGUCCUGCUGGAACAGGGGCGGUUGGGCGGAGGAAGCACCUGGCACUCAACAGGGCUGGUUACCCACCUGAGGAACACUUACACUGAAACAAGACUGGCAAGAGACAGUGUAGCCCUUUACAAAGAACUCGACUCUCAGGGCCUGAAAACCGGCUGGAGACAAUGUGGGAGUCUGUCAGUGGCCAGAACCAAGGAUCGUAUGACCAUGUUCAGGAGAAUCAAAGCCAGAGCUCAAGCGUGGAAGAUUCCUUGUGAAGUUUUUACCGUCAAUGAAGUGGCAGCCAAGUGUCCCAUUAUUUUGACCUCUGAUGUCCUUGGUGGUCUAUGGGUUCCAGGAGACGGAGUAGGUGACCCAUAUGAGAUUUGUGUUUCACUGAUUUCAGCAGCUAGAAAGAAGGGCGUCAAGAUUAUUGAGAGCUGCUCUAUCUAUAAAGUCAUGGAGGACAAAGGCAAAGUUUCUGCCGUGGAGACCAGCAAGGGAAAUAUCCAAUGUGAUAUAUUUGUUAAUUGUGGUGGUCUAUGGGCCCGCAAGGUUGGAAAACUAAGUCAAACACCAAUCAAAGUUCCUCUUCACCCUUGUGAGCAUUAUUGCUUGCACACUAAACCCAUACCUGGCUUGGACCCAAACACUCCAGUGGUGAAAGACGAAGAUGGCCAGAUUUACUUGAGAGAAAAUGAAGGCAAGCUUUUAAUUGGUGGCUUUGAACUGAUCGCAAAACCUGCUUUUGAAGAUGGCAAGGUUCCUGAUAACUUUUCCCACCAAAGUCUGAUUCCUGACUGGGAUCAUUUCCACGUGCUGCUUGAGCAAAUGCUGCACCGAAUCCCAAAAUUGACCGAUGUAGUCAUUGAAAGACUGUGCAAUGGACCUGAGGCGUUUUCUCCUGAUGGAAAAUGGCUUCUUGGAGAAGCUCCAGAAGUCCAGAACUACUUUGUGGCAGCUGGAGCUAAUACCAUGGGAUUGUCUGCAGCUGGUGGUCUAGCAAAAGCAACAGCGGGGCUCAUCUUGGGUCGAGGAGGGGGAUUGCCUGCUGACUCUUACGAGCUGGAGCUGAGCAGAUUUUUGGGGUUGCACAACAACAGAAGAUAUCUAAGAGACCGUGUCAAGGAAGUUCCUGGAAUGCACUUCAAAUUGCCCUACCCUUUCCAAGAAUUUACAACUGGAAGGAAUUUGCGAAUGUCACCGAUUUACCCCAGACUCCGUCAAGCUGGAGCUGUUUUUGGCCAAGUUAUGGGGUACGAAAGACCCUCAUAUUUUGAUACGUCGAUUGACAGUGAAGCAGCGAGUUCUGCUGACUCUCAAGAUUAUGAGGAACAUUAUGGGUUGCGCCCAUAUAGAAUUGCAACCACAAACACGUUUGGGAAACCGCCAUGGUUUGAUAUUGUUGAGUCUGAGUAUACGGCUUGUCGAGAAACAGUAGGAAUCAGCGACUAUUCUUCGUUUACCAAAAUGGAUCUUUGGUCUAAGGGUUCGCAAGUUGUGGAUUUUUUGCAAAGAGUCUGUUCAAAUGACGUUGACAUCCCAAUUGGCGGCAUCAUUCAUACUGGAAUGCAGAAUGAGAAAGGAGGGUAUGAAAACGAUUGCAGCUUUGCUCGUCUUGCUGAAAAUAGGUACAUGAUGGUGGCACCCACAAUUCAGCAGACCCGCUGCAAGACCUGGAUGCAGCGUCACAUGCCUUCAGAUGGAUCAGUCGCAAUUUCAGAUGUCACUUCCAUGUACACAGCGAUCUGCGUCAUGGGACCACAUGCCAUUCCCCUGCUCUCGGAGUUGGCCGACGUUGACCUCAAUCCAUCCUUUUUCCCAUUUUUCACCUUCAAAGAACUUGAUGUCGGGCUUGCCAGUGGCAUUAGAGCCAUGAAUUUGACCCACACCGGAGAGUUAGGAUGCGUCCUCUACAUUCCCAAUGAGUUUGCCCUCCAUGUGUACUCUGGCCUAGUUGAGUUCGGGAAAAAGUACGGCAUGCAGCACUGCGGCUACUAUGCAAUGCGAGCGCUGCGGAUUGAAAAGUUCUACGCCUUCUGGGGCCAAGAUUUGGACACCAGCACGACCCCUCUGGAGUGCGGAAGGUCUUUCAGAGUCAAAUUUGAUAAAAAAGCAAACUUCAUUGGAAAAGACGCUUUGCUCAAGCAACGCGAAGAGGGCAUUAAAAGGAUGUACGUGCAGCUGAUCCUGCAGGAUCACGAUUCUGAGGUUGACCUGUGGCCGUGGGGAGGAGAGCCUAUUUUGAAAGACGGCCGCUACGUGGGUGCCACAACCACCACUGGAUAUGGCUUCACCCUUGGAAGACAGGUGUGCCUUGGCUUUGUUGAAAACCGAGAUGAGAAAGGCAACACAGGCCUCGUGACGAAUGAUUUCGUUCUGAGCGGUGACUACCAGGUGGACAUUGCUGGCGUACGGUAUGAGGCAAAAGUAAAUUUGAACUCGCCUGUUCUCCCCACCAAAUACACGCCAAUUGAUCCUGAGAGACUGCGUUACCAAGCGACGCGCCCUCACAUUAAAUAACCAAAUGCAUUGAAAUACUUACAAACUCACAAUAAGACUAUUCUUUUAGCUAGAUCAAUAUCAUACGUUCAAUAUUCAAUUGUGCCACUAUUUACAAGUAGUCAAUCCAGAAGUCACGCUUUUGGUUUCUUGAUAUGUUAAAGCAUGAUCUGUGAUCUGAAUGUUGAAAUAAUACUAUCAAAAAUUUAA